UACUGCUUACCACCUCCCUCUUCUCUGCCGUUCCAUUCCAUUUCACCUCGCUGCGGUUUACCUCUCACUUUCUCUCACCUUCCUCGCCCACCUCCAUCGCCGCCUCCUUAAGCAACGCCCCAAGGGAGAGAGACCCGGCCCACGACCCUAGCGCCACCCCACCAACCCAGCCACUGGUGCUCUCAGCGGCGGCAAUGGCGGGCCGUCUCAUCUCUUCGUCGUCGGUGGCGGCCGCGGUUGCCGGCCGGGAUGCGUGAGAUCGCGCCGCAUGGGGAAGGACGCCGGCGAGGAGCAGCAGCAGCCGCCGGACGGGGCAGGCGGCGGCAGCGGCGGCGGAGGAGGAGGAGGGGGCGGUAGCGGGCGCCGCUGCUGCUGCGGAGGAACAAGGGUGGUGCGGCUGCAAUGCGUGGCGGCGCUCGUGCUUGGGAUUGCUGUGCUGCUGUCCGCGGUGUUCUGGCUCCCGCCGUUCGCCGGGCGGGGCAGGGGCGCGCAGGGGCCGGAUCCGGGCGAUGACUUCGGAGAUGAUAUAAUGGCAAGCUUUAGGCUACAGAAGACAGUUCCUGAGCUGAGUGGAAACAAAUCUAAGCUCGAAUUGGACAUAUAUGAGGAAAUUGGCUUUCCUAAUUCCACUGUGGUUGUGAAAAUGCUACAUCCAUUAGAUGGAUCAAACUGGACAAACGUCAUCUUCAGCAUUGUCCCUUUCCCAGAGAACUUGACUAUACCAUCGACAUGGUUGAGCAUUCUUAGAUCAUACUUCAUGUCCUUGGUUGUACGGCAGUCAACACUCCACUUGACUGAGGCUCUAUUUGGGAAUUCAUCCUCCUUUGAAGUAGUUAAAUUCCCAGGAGGAAUAACAAUCAUCCCUCCACAAACUGCUUUUCUUCUCCAGAAGCCCCAUGCGACUUUUAAUUUCACUCUGAACUAUCCAAUCAACAAAAUACAAGACAGGACCAACGAGUUGAAGGAUCAAAUGAAGGCAGGACUACUGCUCAAUCCAUACGAGAAUCUAUAUAUCAAAUUGACGAAUUCGCAAGGUUCAACGAUUCUUCCUCCAACAAUUGUUGAUACCUCCAUUGUCCUUAAAGUUGGAAAUCACCAGCCAUCUGUGCCAAGGAUGAAGCAGUUGGCUCGGACAAUUACCAAUUCAUCCUCGAGAAACCUGGGUCUGAAUCAUACUGUAUUUGGCAGAGUAAAGCAGAUUAGCCUUUCGUCCUAUCUUAGACAUUCUUUACAUAGUGGUGGCGGUUCUGAUGCACCUAGUCCAGCACCCAUGCAUCAUCAUGUUCACCACCGCCAUCAUCGCCAUCACCAUGGUAAUGACGACAAUAGGCAUCUGGCUCCUGCUCCAAUACAUUUUCCUGUCCCACAACCCAGAUAUGGUGCUCCACCUCCAUCCGGGUGUCCAUAUGGCACAAACAGACCAAAGAAAAGAGGCCCUGUAACACCAGCUGCUGAGCCUGCAGCUGAUGAUCACCAUUCCCUCUCUCCUGCUCCGCCACCACAUCCAUGGUCACCUUCACCUGUUAGUCGUUCUCCACAUGAUCACGGUAUGCACAGUGGCUCCCCUGUUCAAUCCCCUCCAGUGCUACCAGAGCCACCUUUGCCCGCUGUUUCUUUUGCCCAUGCACAUCCUCCAAGUGAGCAUAGAACAAGUCCUGCACCAAGUGAACAUGCAACAAGAGCUGGUCGUGCUGGGAUGUCAUAUGUGGCCCCUGCACCUCAUUCAUCUAACGCUACCAGGAUGCGGAAUGCUUCCUGUCGCUGGGUCCUUUUUGCCUUCACAGUAUGUGCCCUAAUGAGGCUACUGUGACGAAUGAAGUACACGGCUAACCGGAUGUAAAUUAGAGAUCGUUGUUUGAAGACGAGGAUGGGGCCUCCACCGGUGGAUCAGCUCCCGGGCGGGUGGCCAAAGCACAACGAAGAUCACCCCCUGCCUCGACGGGCUGUUAUACUCGUUGUUAGUGCAUGUAAAUAUGGGUUGUGGAAUUGGGUAUAAGACAAACGGGCGGCGGCUGUGCGUCGUGGUCAAAGCCACAGGGGUGGCAGGCCCUUCUGUAGCACAUGCGCGCUUGCCGUGUGUUUGCUAUGUACUGCUGCUGUUCAGAAGAGGAUCUUCAAGUGUAAAAACCUUUUUUUU